AUGCUGAAAAAGCUUGAGCAAGAAGCUAACUAUGUUGCCCCGGGAGAUAAUCAGGUUUAUCCGAGUCACCUGUCACCUAAACAACAUACUCGUGGUGCACAGCUAGUAGGGAAUAAGUGUUCCGUAAACUGUCAUUUAGAUGGGAAAGCUGUGACUGCAUUGUGGGACACCGGUGCCCAGGUCUCGAUUGUUUCAGAAACUUUCAUGCAUAAACAGUCAUUGACAAGUAAACUCAGAAAUGUGGAAGAACUCUUAGGAGUACAAGGAAAAAUUGAAUUGAAAGCUGCAAAUGGCACGCCAAUUCCAUAUUGUGGUUGGAUUGAACUUAGCGUGAGGUUAAAUGAAACCCAACCUGACAUUUUAGUACCGUUUUUGGUAACCAAAGAGAAUAUUGGACCUCCAAUAAUCGGAUUCAAUGUCAUAGAACUAAUUGUUAAGGAAGCUAAUAGUAUAAGUGAUGAUACAGAGACAUUUGUGAAUGCAAUGAAAAAAGUUUUGGUAGUUGUAAGGGAGAGAAAGUACAAGCGUUGAUAGAUCUCAUUUCAGCAAAUGAGCCUGAUGACCUUUAUCAAGUAAAAUGUCGCAAAACAGAUAUUUUGAUUCCGAAAAAUCAAAGUAUUGAUGUACCUUGUCGUGCGAACACUGGUCCAAUAAACCGCACUGUUCCAGUUCUUUUCGAACCUAUUGACAAUACUGAAUUACCAUCAGGGUUAUUAUUACAAGAGGAACUUAAAUCAAUAAAACAAGGGAACUGUUCACUCAUGAACGUUAAGAUUACAAAUCAAACAAAUCACGACAUUAUUCUUCCCGGUAGAACAGUGGUAGGGCAUUUGCAACUGGUUCCCUCAGUAACUCCAAUAGAAGUGAAGCUUAAGGAACCUAAAGCAACUACUAAUCAGCACUUUGAUCAAACUGAAAGUAAGGAAUGCGACAACGUGAGUGCUGAAAACUUGCCUCCUGUAGACCUGACUGGGUUAAAUGGUGAAUAG